UUGCUAUUAUUUGGGCAAUUAUUAAUACUGUUGCUGUUUCAUAUGGUUCCACUGCUGCCUUGCCAUUCAAGACUGUUGCUAUCAUUUUGGGAUUGUAUCUCGUUAUUUCAUUCCCUCUCCUUUUACUUGGUGCUAUCACUGGUAAGAAUUUCACAAAGGGAUUCGAAGCUCCAUGUAGAACCAAGAAGGUUCCUCGUGAAAUUCCUCCAGUUGCUUGGUAUAAGGAUGAAAAUUUGAUGAGUAUUGUUUCUGGAUUUUUGCCAUUCAUUUCCAUCUAUAUUGAACUCCAUUAUUUGUAUUUGAGUAUGUGGGGUCAAUAUGGUCACGUUCCAUUCCCAAUUGUUUUGAUGGUUGUCUUGAUUUUGAUUGCUGUCACUAGUUGCAUUACCAUUUCUCUCAUUUAUUUGACUCUCUCACAAGAAAACCACAAUUGGUGGUGGAGAAGUAUCAAGUUUGGUGGUACUAGCAGUAUUUUCGUUUUUGGUUAUUCCCUCUAUUACUACAUUAUGGAAAGUGGCAUGUCAGGCACUCUCCAAACAACCUUCUUUGUUGGUUACAACUUGGUUAUUGCCUUUGCUGUUUUCUUAAUGAUGAGUACUGUUGGUUUCCUCUCUAGUUUGACCUUUGUCAAGAAUAUUUAUAGUUCUAUUAAGUGUGAAUAA